AUGACUAUGGACGGGGCGGCACAGCGGAUGACUGAUACAAAAGGCGGGUUCAUUUCUCGAGACACAAAACCCCCUGACAUCACCACUGCCGAACUCAGGAUCAAGUUGUCUCUCCAGGUCUCCCUUCGCACGUGUCCUUGCUAUUGGGCUAGCCCCCAGCUACGUUACACCUUCUCCUCCAACGUCAUCUCGGAUAUCAGCUCCUUCGCCAGGGACUUCGACACGUCGCUUUUGGUCGACGAAGUCUGGGAUGCGAGAAGGGACAGCCGCCACGAGCCAUCGAUUACAAACAUCCCGCUGCACUAUGAACGAGCCAAGGCUCUUUGCCUGAGCCGAGCCCUCACAGCCGAUGACAUUGAUAAGCUGACCCCAAGGUUUUGGGAUUUCCACUUCGAUCCCAUUUCUUCUCGGGACAUGACAGCUUUCGUCAUCGCAACUAUUCACCUCAACUUGUGUGUCGGAACGAUUGCCAGAUUCUCGCGUGAGCGACCUGACCUCAUGGCCACCCUCGAGGAACUUCUCGCUUUCAAGGCUUGCGGAGAAUUCAUGUUGACAGAGGUCGGCCAUGGCCUCGACGCCCGCAAUCUGGAGACGACUGCGACGAUGGAAGCCGACGGGUCUUUUACCCUGAACACGCCGAACGCAGGCGCAGCCAAAGCCAUGCCGCCAUCCUCGCCGCUAGCCGGUAUGGCCCGCGUUGCUGUUGUUUUCGCCCGGCUCAUCGUGGGCGGCGAUGACCGAGGGGUGAAGCCUUUUGUCGUGCGGAUCAACGACGCGAGAGGCAUGUGUGACGGCGUUGUGUCGCGUGUGCUCCCUGUGCGGGCCGGGACCAAGCCGCUGGACCACUCCAUCACGACGUUUCACAACGUGAGGCUUCAGCCCGAAGCGCUUCUGGGAUCGGCGUCGCGAGGUGACAACGAGCGAGAGGAGUUUCUUGCCCACAUCUGGAGGGUAUCCGUCGGCACGCUCUCACUCUCCAUCAUGGGGGUGUCUGCCAUCCGAGUUGCGGGCUGCAUCGCCGCCCUGUACAGCCAGCGUCGUCUGGUCGGAGAUAGGAACAGACUGCCCAUCAUGCAGUUCAGCACACAGCAGAGACCGAUCCUGGAAGCACUGGCGCACGGGGAAGUCUUGCAUGCAUAUGCCAAGUGGAGCGUUGGCGAGUUCACCAACCACAAUCACAACGCAGACGUCCGCCGAGGGAUCGCUACCGUCUUCAAAGUCUUGGUUGUGCGAUCGUCUCGUCUACUUCACGAGCUGGCGGAGCGAUGUGGCUGGCAGGGCCUGUACGCGCACAA